AUGUGGGUUUUGGCGUGAAAAAAAAGUAUAAAUAUUUGUCGAAUACCAAUACAGAUGAUCUCGGCAAAUGCAGGAGAACAAGUGUUAAUGGGGAGUUCUUCUCAUGAAAAAUAUGUUGUAUCCAAUGAAGAAUAUCAUAAUCUCCCUUUGAGUGAUGAUGUGCAAAAGGCUUCUAAUGAUACACCUCAGCAAUUGAAACAAAUCAACAAAAAUGCAAAGCCAUCGAGUCUGUGUUAUACGCCUCCAAUGCAUAUUACAGAUAGAAAAAGAGGAAGGGAAUAUACGCGGUCAGUGCUUCUUGGAGAAGGUGGUUUUGCACGAUGUUUUUUAGUUACUAAUGGACGGGGUGCUCGGUUUGCAGCAAAGGUGAUUGCAAAAACAACAUUGCGUUCUAUGAAGAAUAGGACCAAGCUUUUUGGAGAGAUCAAAAUACAUCAAAACGCAACAAAUGUUUAUCUUAUCCUUGAGCUAUGUGAAAACAAGACACUUAUGGAUAUGUUACGUAAACGAAAGCGUUUUACUGAGCCCGAGUGUCGUUUUUUUUUGCUUCAAGUUCUUGGUGCUACUAAAUACAUGCAUUCUAGAAAAGUAAUCCAUCGUGAUUUAAAACUUGGGAACCUUUUUUUGGAUGAAAAUAUGAAUAUAAAAAUUGGAGAUUUUGGACUUGCUGCGCUUUUAAUUAGUGAUGAUGAAAGAAAAAAAACAAUAUGUGGGACACCAAAUUAUAUUGCUCCGGAAGUUUUGUUUGGGAAACAAGAAGGUCAUAGUUUUGAAGUUGAUUUAUGGGCAGUGGGAAUUAUUAUGUAUGCUAUGCUUAUUGGUAAGCCGCCUUUUCAGUCUAAGGAAGUUAAAGCUAUAUAUAAAAAUAUUCGAGAAAAUAGAUAUGUUUUUCCUGAGGAUAUUCCUAUUUCUUUAGAAGCAAAAGACCUUAUUGGAUCAUUAUUGGAUACUGAUCCUUUAAAUCGACCUUGCAUUGAUGAAAUUGCUGAACAUCCUUUUUUUCAUAUUGGAUACCUUCCUACUGAAAUACCAACGCAUGCAUUAUUACAAGAACCAGUAUGGCCUAAAGAUCAUCUUUCAAUAAAAAAAAGUCAAAGUUCAUGGAGCAAUGUUGCUUCAUGGUGUGGUAUUGGGAAAGGUCGUAAUAUUGGAGGAAAGGAAGGACAAACAGUUAGUAUGGUUAUGGAAGUAUUGGAAAAUGAGAAUAUCUUGCCUAUUUCUUUGUCACAUGAGAAUCGCCCUCGACCUGUAAUGAAAAUAGCUAAAUCAUCGGCAAAUUCUAAAUCAAAUUUGUCAAGAUGUUUUUCUAAAUGUUCGCUUGUUGAUCGAAAAGAAAAUUUAAAUCCACAAGACUUCAUGAAGUCUGCAAUAGAUGCAACAUCAAAGGUAUCUACUAAAGAGCCUUUAAUAAAUGAAGCCAAGGAUAUGGAGUUGCUAAAUAAUAUUUGGCAAGGUCUUCGAAACAUUGCGCUGAAUUUAGAUUGUGCAUUAAGAUUGCGUUCUAAAAGAAUGCCACCUGAAUUUUAUGACGCAUCUACUAUAACAUCUCCAUUAUUUAUUAAUAAGUGGGUUGAUUACUCUAAUAAAUAUGGUUUAGGUUAUCAACUUUCAAAUGGUUCUAUUGGAGUUUAUUUUAAUGAUUCAACUACUUUGAUUCUUUCAAGUGAUGAGUAUCACUUUGAUUAUAUUACACAAUCUGAAAAAAGUACUUUUAAAAGGCGAUCAUUUACUAUUGAAAGGUUUCCUUCGGACGAGUUAGAUAAAAAGGUUUAUUUGCUUAAAUAUUUUAAAAAAUAUAUGAUUCAAAAUCUUUUUAAAGCUGAAGCAUGGUCAUGUAAUGUAGAUGAUUUUCAGUUAACAGGUAUUAAAAAUAUGUCUUUUAUGACAAAUUAUUUUCGAACUAAGCACGCUAUUAUAUUUCGAUUAAGUAAUCAGUCAGUUCAGUUUAAUUUCGUGGAUCAUUGUAAAUUAAUUUUAUCUGAUAAUGGGAGAACAGUUAGAUUUAUUGACAGUAAAAGAGAGUUUCAUACAUGGUCUCUUGGUAAUGCUCUAGAGCCAGGUCUUUGUGAUGAUGAUGUUUCUGAGAAAUUUAAGUUUGCUAAAGAGGUGUUAUUGAGCUGGGCUGAUAAAAUGGAACCUUAUACUUAACAUGUAUAGAAGCAU